AUGCCAGUCAACGCACCUAACCACGAGAAUAUUCAAGGGUGCUCCCUUGCCACAUUCAACAAUCAAUGUGUCCCCCUUUUGUUUGCUAAUGAGCCACACGAGCCUGUGGAUCAUGCUAUAUACUACAGAGCCCUCAAUCUCGCACUCACUGGCAAGGAUCCUGCCACUGGUAUCCAGUAUUCCAUAGAACCCACACGUAACAGAAUCACUCGUGACAGAGAAGUCACUGUAGUCAGAGAUUAUGACAGCCUCAUCAGCUUCACUCAUUGGAUCCCUAUCGUCCGAGACAUCUAUAUCUAUCCUCUUUCUAAUCCUGUCGACACUCUUACCUCCCAUGUUCACGUCAAGGUUCCAAUGAAGAUUCAUGCGCUACGGCCUGAAGUGCCAGUAUAUCCACACCAGAUUCCCAACAUAUGCUUGGGUGUUGCAAAUGUUCGCACCAGGUUGCGAAUUUUCUUCCCAGCAUUGUAUGAACAGGGCAAAACCUCUGUCGAGCUUACUCUCGAGCAGAAAACCGCGAUCUAUGAGGAUGGUCUGUUGCCCACACUCAAGCACCUCAAUCCAGAGACUGUAACCAAUUGGCCAACCAGCUAUGCCACUGCCCUGAUCCGUGCACAGAAACGCAACAAUCAGUAUCAAUAUGGAACUCGUCCUUUCCCUUCUGCCAUGGUGCCCAAUCUGGGAUAUGAACUGCCUAGGUUUUUGUCUGAAAAGCAUCCGUGGGCAAGAGACAUGCUGUUCAUGACACAGGUCCAGGGUGUCAAGGAGGCAAACCAACAUAUUCCGGAGUCUCAAUAUGACGCAUUGGAGGCGCUAUUCGAAAUGAUGGAUGACCUGGAUCCUGGUUUGCGCGAGGAAACUAACUGCUGGAUUGAUGUAGGACUGGAAAUAUCCGAACCGGGCUUCUCGUAUCAGUGGCGUACGGACUCUCAUACCCACAUCAUCAACCACUUCACGUGCCUGAAUGACAACCGGGCUGCCAACUAUGUCAACGGUCCCUCACGCGACUACAACAGAGAUAUAUGUGCAGGUUUAUUGCAUGUCUCUGGAUUCCGCGGCACAUUUGCAUUGGGUGACGAUAACCCAGUAUAUUUGCAAGCUUACACCACGGAUAAAGCACUCAUUCAACAAUUGGACGGAGGAAGACAUGGAUUGGCGAUAAGUGGGAAACAGCUCUUGGAAGGGUGUCCACCUCCAUAUAUGCAGAAGAUCUUCGACGUGUACUACGAUGCAAAGGAGAACCACAGCUGUGCUGCUCGUCUCGAGCUCAGACUUCCAGUCAAGUAUGCCGCCAGCAGGGGUCUUCGAUUUCCAGAGGAGUUGAUACGGAACAGCAUAUUGGCAUUCGAGAGCAAGGAUUGGUGGCAAUGGCGAAUUAUUCGUGUGACGGCAUUUUCGCGGACCUUGGCUUUGCAAAAUCAAACUGGUGGUGCACUUCGGAUAGGACCUGAUGCCCUCGCCCUGACUGCAGGGAUUCACUGGAUGACCAAUGGGUUGCACUCCCGGCCAGAUGAUGGUUCCGCAGCACGUGAUGUCAUGUGCACCGUGCUGCCUUUGACACGGGAUUAUCAAAAUGACAUGUUGCAAAUCCGUCCCAGGGAUGCCAACAUUCAGCACGGUGAUAUGUUGCCAUUCAGCGCGUUUGGAGCAUAUUUUUUCCGAGAUAUUGUCUGGCCGCCAACAACAGAUGUUCCCCGUCUGCAGCGAGGCCCCAUGAUGCGUCAGUCAACAUUCAAGUUUGUGUUUGGCAUGGAUUACGAUGCACUAAAGCGCAAGUACCAUCCUCCGGCUUUCAUUCCCCGGACGAUGGUGCCACGGACACGGGUGCGGACACAGAAAGGAUUCUCCAAGAGGCACCGAGUGGAUGAUCCGGCACCGGCACCAAUUUUUGUAGGCCUUGAUAUUGACUUGGGUGGUGCGCAACAGGAUGCUGGCGAGGACCUCCCAUGGGAGGAACGGGCUGACUUACCUCCUGAUAUUGAAGAAGAGUGUUCGGUCCAAUUGACGAAGCUUUGGAAUCAGUUUUGCAGCGACUUGCUGCAAAAAUGUGGAAACUUGAAGAACCAGCAAUUCGCGGCAUCGCACUGCAGACUGUCGAUGGAAGAACGACUACAUGUGACUGACGAGGUUUACAAGGACUUGAACCUGGCGAUGGUCUUCAACCGGGUUCAGUGGAAGAAAGUAACUGGACAGGAAUGGGCGGAUGCUUUCGACAUUUUCUUUCCGCCUCGGAAUGCACCGCUCCGACUGCAGCCACAAAACUUUCCGACCAUGAAGUAUUGGGAGGAAUGGUUCCAAAUGAAACAGAGAUUGCCGCCCCAAUCUGCUGAUACAAUCAGAACCAGGUACUGGAGAUUGUUCAAGCAGUUGUUGUGGGUUCCUAAGCCACACAAGGACCGGCUGUGGAAAUACACGGCAAACAACGACUUCAGGAUUCUUCCGGCCAAUUAUGGGGGUCAAGCCCCACAAGUGAUUGUGAGCCCAUCGUCAAAUGCUCCAAGAUGGGAGCCGGAGCGUGUGCCUGGGGGAGAUGCUGAAGGGGAGGAAGAGGAGGCUGCUGAGGAAGAGGAGAUGGAUGAGCCUGAGGUGAACCGUCGAGAAUGGGUGAAUGGGAUUGCACCGAUCCCGGACAGGAUCUUGCUGCGUGAGGAGGAAGAGGAGUCAGGGUCAGAGGAAGAUAUGUAG